UUUCUUUUUUUCCCCCUCCAACAUUAACGACAAAAAGAAAAGGAGUUUGCUUGAUGUUUUAGUGAAAUGGACGUAAGAUUUUAUUCACCACCUCCUCAGCCUGCAGCCGCUCCUGAUACGCCUUGUUUGGGACCUUCCCCUUGCCUGGACCCCUACUAUUGCAACAAGUUUGACGGUGAGAACAUGUAUAUGAGUAUGACAGAGCCAAGCCAGGACUAUGUGCCAGCCAGCCAGUCUUUUCCUGGCCCGAGUCUUGAAAGCGAAGAUUUUAAUAUACCUCCCAUAACUCCUCCCUCAUUGCCUGACCACUCCCUGGUGCACUUGAAUGAGAUAGAGUCUGGGUACCACUCUCUGUGUCAUCCUAUGAACCACAAUGGCCUCCUUCCAUUCCACCCUCAAAACAUGGAUCUACCCGAAAUUACAGUUUCCAACAUGCUUGGCCAAGAUGGGGCACUGCUUUCCAACUCUCUCUCUGUGAUGCAAGAUUUACGGAAUACAGAAGGAGCCCAGUAUAGUUCCCACCCUCAGAUGGCAACCAUGAGGCCAAGGGUUCAACCUGCAGAUAUUAGGCAGCCAGGAAUGAUGCAGCACGGGCAGCUGACUACUAUUAACCAGUCCCAGCUCAGUGCACAGCUUGGUUUGAAUAUGGGUGGAAACAGUGUUCCUCACAACUCACCCUCUCCACCUGGAAGCAAAUCUGCAACCCCUUCACCAUCCAGUUCAGUCCAUGAAGAUGAAGGAGAAGAUAGCUCUAAGGUCAAUGGUGGAGAGAAGAGACCUGCUUCAGAUAUGGGAAAGAAACCCAAAACUCCCAAAAAGAAGAAGAAGAAGGACCCAAAUGAGCCACAGAAACCUGUGUCUGCCUAUGCAUUAUUCUUUCGAGAUACUCAAGCAGCCAUCAAGGGCCAAAACCCCAAUGCUACUUUUGGUGAAGUCUCUAAAAUUGUAGCUUCAAUGUGGGACGGCUUAGGAGAAGAACAAAAACAGGUAUACAAAAAGAAAACUGAAGCUGCCAAGAAGGAAUAUCUGAAGCAGUUAGCUGCCUACAGAGCAAGCCUUGUAUCCAAGAGCUACAGUGAACCCGUUGAUGUUAAAGCCUCCCCACAGCCUCAGAUGAUGAAUUCAAAGCAGUCGGUGUUCCAUGGGCCCACCCAGGCUCACUCUGCCCUGUACCUCAGUUCCCACUACCACCAACAACCAGGAAUGAAUCCUCACAUCACUGCCAUGCAUGCCAAUAUCCCCAGGAACAUAGCACCCAAGCCCAACAACCAAAUGCCAGUGACUGUUUCCAUAGCAAACAUGGCUGUGUCUCCACCACCACCUCUCCAGAUCAGCCCCCCCCUGCACCAGCAUCUCAACAUCCAGCAGCACCAGCCAAUUCCAAUGCAGCAGCCCAUUGGAAACCAGCUACCAAUGCAGGUCCAGUCUGCUUUACAUUCACCUACAAUGCAGCAAGGAUUUACUCUUCAGCCUGAUUAUCAGAAUAUCAUCAAUCCAACAUCAACAGCUGCACAAGUUGUUACCCAAGCAAUGGAGUAUGUUCGUUCAGGGUGCAGAAAUCCUCCAGCACAGACUGUGGACUGGAAUAAUGACUACUGCAGUAAUGGGGGCAUGCAGAGGGACAAAGCACUCUACCUUACCUGA